GAACCCAUUUCAGGUAUUUGAAGAUCCGCUACAAACAUCACAGCAGCAGAGUUCAGAAGGCAUUGUCAGUACUUUACAGUCAAAAGUACAGACUUUUUAUUCUUGAAAAUUAUCACAAGAUAUUUUUCUUUAUACAUUUUUUCCUUUCUAAAUUAACUAUUUUAACCUGAAUAAUUGCACCGCAGUUUUGUUUAACAUUCUUGCUGUUUUUUUCUGAACCAUCACCAUGGCCAACUCCGGACUGCAAAUGCUUGGUUUUAUCCUGGCUUUCAUUGGUUUUGUCGGGCUGAUCGCCUCUGUCGCCCUGCCACAGUGGAAAGCCUCAUCAUACUCUGGGGACAACAUCGUUACGGCCCUGGCCAUCUACGAGGGACUGUGGAUGUCGUGUGCUGCGCAGAGCACCGGGCAGAUUCAAUGCAAGAACUUCGACUCUCUGCUUAAACUUGACUCAACAAUGCAAGCCACCCGCGCACUCAUGAUUGCCAGCAUUUUCUUCUCGGGUAUGGCUAUUUUGGUCGCAUCUUUGGGGAUGAAGUGCACCACUUGUUUUGCAGAGGACAAACAAAAGAAGAACCGCAUUGCCACAAUCGGAGGAGGAAUCUUCAUUUUUGGAGGUCUGUUGGCUUUGAUAGCUACUUCCUGGUAUGGCAACAGGAUCGCAAAGGACUUUAACAACCCAUUUACUCCAACCAACAGCAGAUACGAGUUUGGCUCAACUUUGUUUCUGGGUUGGGGAGCUGCUGGCCUGUGUAUUAUAGGAGGCGCCUUCCUCUGCUCUUCAUGUUCUCAUGGAGCAGGCCCACCCAAACAAUACCCAAAAUCUAGAGCAGCACCCGCUGGCGGCAAGGAUUAUGUAUAACACCAAAACAUCUUUACAAGAAGAAGAAGAUGCUUAUGUAAUGUUUUGUCUACUGUGAUGACAGGAAAAUGUGACUUGACCAGCUGCUGACAAAAAGACUGAAGACUCGCAAUCUUACAGCAGCACCAGAAUUAUUCUAAUUUUUUAUAUAACAAAGACUUGUGCUAGUUUUUAUAUUUCCUCAGAGGUUCUUUUUUGAACUUUUUAUGUUUCUUUGUAUAUACUGUUAUUUUUUUAAUGCUUGCAUAAUGGUAUGUUCUAUAAAAAGGGAACUUCUGGCACUGAAUGCGCCCACCAGCUUGGAGCGAGAGACCAAUAUUAGGUUCAGGUUUCCUCAGCAAAUGUUUUUUUGUGCCCGAGUCAUGGUCAAGGGGGUCAAAUGUACUAGAAAGCUGUCAUUCCAUUCAAAACCUAGUUUGCUGCAGACUAUUUUUGGUUUUAUUUUGUAUAUCACACUUCAUUGCCAGAACCCUCUUACCAUAAGUAGAUCUAAUGGCUUUGCUCAAAAGACAGUGCGAUAUACUGAAUUUUAUAGUUUCUGUAUUUAAUGUGCUUUUCUCUUUAGGUAGAUACCAGCUGUGACCUGAUCAGAUAUCUGAAUUCUUCAUUUUUAAUCCAAACAACUGAAUAAAUGGUACUAUUUGCAAAACAUAGAAUAUUCUAUUUGUAAAGAAAUCUAUAAUCUAGAAGCACCUACUGAAAUUAACACAUUUAGGAGAAUGUUUUCAUAGAAAGAUCUUUAUACUCUGAAUAUAGAAACAUUAAAAAGAAACUGUGCCUCCAACUCCAUGGCUUCCGCGCAGCAGUCUGAUAGGCCCUGCACUGAAGCAAAUUCAGGCUGAUGAAGAGGUCUUUGACUAUUACAUCUUUUUUAUGGUCUUGCAGGGCAGAUUCACAAAAACAACUGUGGUUCAGUAUACAUUAGCAAGGGGGAACAAGUCCAUUGUGCUUAAUGUAGAGCUGAUUUAGUUUUUGAGGGUGGUAUUCUACAUAUUGCAUGACCUACACUUAGAAAUCCUUUCAGUCUGUGUCAUCCAUUUUAAAGCAGUAUUCUUCCAAAGAGCAAGUGUGCACCUUUAACCACGUCUUUCAUUAUUCACAAUGGCACUAUACUGAAAAAUCUUAAGCAUAUAUAAAUGAGCUUUACUGUGAUAACACAGACAAUUUAUUUUAAGUGUAGAGCCUAAUGCUAUGCCAGGUCUGAUGAAGAUUCACAUUUCUACAGAAAUAGUAAUGGUUGGUUCUCUUCACUUGUCCUUGAAUCCUAUGGUUCACUCUCUACUGGACCUUUUGUGCCAUUCUAGCAGGAGGCCUUCCAAAUGCCUAACCAUGUCAGGUCUCAUGACUGCACUGGUCAUGUUAUGGGACUGAGCUGGGCAAGGUGGUCUCUAACAAGCAGAAGGCAUCAAACACCUUCCAUAGCUGUAUGCAGGUCAAAGAGAAGUGUCUUAUUUCAUUGUAUCGUCUGCCCAGUGCUUGUAAAUACAAAUACUGCUGUAGGUUCAAUCUAUUUUUGUGCAGUUGGCGCGGGAUUGGUGUUUUUAAUUAGAUUUUUUUUGUUGAGAUACAUAUUGUGAUACAAUUCCCAAGACACAUACUAUGCCACUAGUGGCUGAGGUUACCAUACUCUACCACAGCCACACUUGUCACUAUGGGGUAAAUAUGGUAUUAUAUUGAUGUAUAUGUAUACAGAUUUUAAUGCUUUUCAUUUAUAUACAUUAUUAGCCUGCAGAAUUUCUAAAAAAAAAAAAAAGACUGUGUAAGGCCAACUACUGAAUUUAAAUGUUAUAUCUUAAAAUAACUCCAUAUUUCCUGAUACUUUUUGUAAAUCAGUGAUGAUCUCCAGUCAUCUUACUAACACCUCUUAACAAGUCUUUAGCAAUCUUCAUGCAUCCUGCUAAACAUGUCAAUUUGAUUAGCAGCAUUUUAGAGUAAUGGUUGUCUUGAUUAAAAGGGGAUUAAUCGAGCCUUGGUGAGCUCCAAGUAUGAAUCAGAUCUCCUUUACAACAGCAUGUGUAAUUAAAAUGGCAAUGUUUUAGAAGUGAUCCUGCACUGCAAAAAUAAUAAGCUGACCAGCAGAAAACCACUGCAUUUCAGGAGGAGACUUUAUUCGUUUAAUUUUUAGAUAUGAGACACUGUUGUAUGAAAUGCCUACUAGACCAUCUCAUCCAUUUGAAUAUUGUAUAUCCUGAAUUUCAGAUUAGUGACAGUGUUGAACUUUUACAAUUGUUACUUCGUUUGUUAAAGAAGAAAAUGCCAAAAAUUUUUGUAUAUAUGUUACUUGAUGUGAAAGGUUUUUUUUGUAUCAAAGUUCCUCUUAGAGGCAAAAUAAAAUACCUAGACAUAUUUUA